UUAAAAAAAUAAAAACCCAUCAUGAACCAGAGCUCCAACUCCUCGUCUCCGUCGGCGACGGGCAGCGCUGGCGGCGGUCUGUGGGUGACCUCGCUGCUGGGCGCUACGCUGCUCACCAUGUGCGUUCUGGGCGUGACGGGAAACGUCUACACCCUGGCGAUCACCAAGACGGCGGCGCUGCGGCGGACGGGCUCCAUGUACAUCUACAUCCUCAACCUGGCGCUGGCCGACCUGCUCUACCUGUCCACCAUCCCCUUCGUGGUGUGCACCUACUUCGCCCAGGACUGGCUGUUCGGCGAGGCGGGCUGCCGGGUGCUGCUCAGCCUGGACCUCCUCACCAUGCACGCCAGCGUCUUCGUCCUGGGCGCCAUGAGCCUGGAGCGCUACCGCGCCGUGGCCAUGCCCUUCCGCGCCCGCCGCUCCUCCGCCCGCGGCCGCAAGCUGGUGGCCCUGGGCAUCUGGGCCGCGGCGCUGGUGCUCACCCUGCCCAUGAUGGUGAUGAUCCGGCUGAAGGAGAGCAAGCCCAACGCGGCCGGCCUGACCAAGCGCAUGUGCUUCCCCACCUGGACCCUGGAGGCCUUCAAGGCCUACCUGACGGUGCUCUUCUGCACCAGCGUGCUCUGCCCUGGCCUGGCCAUGCUGGGGCUGUACGCCGGGCUGGCCAGGCGCUACUGCCAGGCGCAGGCCAGCCUGGGGGGCGGCGGCAGGACGGCCCGCCGGAGGGGUCUGAAGCAGCGGGUGGUGUCCAUGAUCUUCUGCAUCGUCGUGGCCUACUGGGCCUGCUUCCUCCCGUUUUGGGCCUGGCAGCUGGUCCGCCUCUUCUCCCCGGACUCCCUGCGCUCCCUGUCCCCGGCCGCCCACACGUACGUCAACUUCUUUGUCACCUGCCUCACCUACGGGAACAGCUGCAUCAACCCGCUGCUCUACACCCUGCUGACCCACAGCUACAAGGACUACCUGGCACAGAAGAGCCAGAACUCAGGAUCCACCAGGGGAGACCCGGGGGGAUCCGCAGGGGGCUCUGCCUUGCAGGACCUGUAG